UGUCAAGUGAAGUGAGCAAACUGCAGAGAUUAGAAGAAAGAUUUUUUGAAAUAAUUUUGAAAUCGAAGAAAUAUAUCCUAAAAUGUGUUAAUAGUGAAAUAAUAAUUUAAACAAUUGGUGGAAGAGUGUAUGUGAUUUAAUUGGCUUAUAAUUUAGUUCAGAAAAAUCCACGUAAUACAGCAAUUUUCACUUCAUUUCCAGCCAGUCUUGUUGUUUUUAUUUAGUUUUUGACAAAAUUAUUGAUCCUAACAUAAAUGUUCUUUAAAAAAUCGUGUAAUACUUGAAAUAUCGCAUAAAUAAUUCUUUUCUUCACUUUUUACUUAAUUUAUUCCUCCCCAUAGUCCUUUUCAUUGUGAAGUAGGUAAUGAACUAAUGAUCCUUAUUUAAUUUAAGUUCACAUCCUCCUUUCAUUCACGAUUCUUGAUUACUUGCGACAUUGAGGAACUUCAAAGAUUAAAAAAACAAGUGUUGUGAGUUAACGAUGUUCGAGUAGCUUUUUGAGUCAUGUCAGAGGAACAUGACGUUGAUUGCGCCGAAAGUGAACGAACUGAGGACAAAGAGUGCGAGGAAAUCAGAGAUUUGACAGGAGAUGACAAGACAGGAGCUAAAGACGAGACAGAAGAACAAGAUAAGACAGAACUCGACCAAACGGAAAGACAAAACGGAAUAGAAAAACAAGACAAGACAGAAGAACAAAAUCAAGUAGAUAAACUAGAUAAGACAGGAGCAAAUGCCAGUGCCAAUGUUACAAGUGCCACAAAUGAUAAGGAAAGUCUGAGUAGCGAAGUAGAUGAGAAACAAGAUGUGUAUGGAGGGAAAGGUUCGAAAGGGACGCUUACGUGGACGAAGGAAGAUUCCUGUCUCCGAGUGUCAUGGGAACUGCUCGAAGGGACUGCUACUCCGAAGGACUAUGUGGCGCUAUGUUAUGCAGAGACCGCAAGCCUCGCCGGUAUCGCCAGGCUCGUGCCGGCGACCGGAUGCGACUCUGGCCAUAUAAUGUGGCUGCUUGAUGAGCCCAAUCAGCCUUAUGAAGACUGUGAACAGCUCCUCUGCUUUCGCUACUACAAUGGCGAAGAAGAUGAUUGCGUGGCAGAGUCCUCGUCGAUCCCGCCGAAGUUUAAAGUUGACCUCAAGAAGCUUCCCUCGAAGCUUAAGGAGGGCAUAUCGAGAAAGAGAAGCGGGGACCAAGUGUCGCCCUUCUCCUAUCACAAUGAAAGCUUCGAAAUGAACUCCGAGAAUACUCCGCGAAUGGAAUUAGUUAGCACGAGCCAAGACAUUAAGCAUCUUAGUGAAAACGUUAACAAAUGCUCAAUUAGCGCUUUAGAGUCUAGUGAGAAGAAUCUCGAACAAAUAAAAUGUGAUCCUAGCAAAUCUCUAGUUAGUAAUAGUUCUGAAUCUCAAUCUGUAAAUAGUGAAUCUCUGAGUGCUUUGAACUGUAAACCGACAUCGUCAGGAGUUAAAAAGAAAUGUCCUCCGCCCGUCGAUACCGCCAGCUGUGUAGCAUUAAAUGGAGUAAAGAAGAAGACAAACAUGAACAUCGGUUUCGAAUCUCCCACAUCUCCGGAUACUGAGUAUUACAAAAUAUGGUCACCGCAAAACCCUUGCAAAAUUAUGAAGUUUGUCUACGACGUCGAAGGUGCUAAUGUGCCAAAUGAUGCUCAAAAAUCACCAGUACCUCCGUUGCCACCUCGACAGUCGCAUAAACCUUUAGAGAGAAUGCACGCCUUACCUCCGAUAGUACAACGACAUCGAAAACCAAAAAAGCUUACUAAACCUGAAGAUGCCUUCACCUUCGAGCUAAUAGAUACAGACGAACAAUUUUUUACGGAUAACAAUAUUGCAAAUUCUGCGGCGUUACAGGGAGAUAUAAAUGAUUUCAAGCCUGGGGAGUUUUAUUCCGGUGCUCAAGCACCCAUGUCUUCUACUGCGAGCUUUUUGAGAGGGUGUCAAAACGUCGCUCCUUUGGCGACACCCGAGACUGACGGCAGCUUGUGUGAAUCGACAGUUUCUAUUAAAUUAUCUAGGUUAGCUGAUGAUAAGAAGAAAAGUGAUGUACCUGAUAGCACGCAAAGCGUGAGUAAGAAUAAUAUUAUGUUUAUAAAAGAUAUAGGUCCAGAUAAUUAUAUUACUACGACGUUUGCUAGAAAAGAUAAGAAUAUUUUGGAUGCUUUUCAUUCGACUCCUAAUCAUGCAAAAUCUGAAGAGAAAGCUCAACAUACCUUUCUCAAUGAUAUAAGUAGCCAUCAAGAUUUUGAAGAUGACAACAGGAAUCAAGUCGAAGAAAAGGAAAUUACGGUAAUGAAGGGACAUAAACCUCUGACGAGGCAAAACUCGGGACGGGCUACACCGACAAUGAUGACAGCUUUUUUGAACUCCUCCCACAUCGAUGGACCUAGUCGAGAAACCGCUCCAAGUAGUCCAAACGCACCGAGUUCCUGCAAUUCCUCACAAUCAAAUUCACCGAUAGAUGAAGCCAGUAAGAUAUUGCCCAGUGUGGGAACUCUACUGUUGAAUCGUAAAUAUUCAUGUGAUAGUUCGACGCCCAAACAUUCAAGUUUACCUCGGCAUCUUUUGAAGAGUCUCGGCUGCGAGGGAACUCCUAAACAUUCUCCUCACAAGACGAUUCCUUCAAAAGAUAUACCUGAUAGUCCAUUAAGGCCGCAUCCCAGGGUACUAUCGCGAGUUGCAGCUUUAGCUGGAUCUACGGCUCCCCAAUGCCCGCCAACGCCCACACAUCACGCGAGAAGGCCAAGACCGCUUCCACCAGCAGAUUUACAUCCACCGCCUAUUCAAAACACAGAAAAUAGAGUACUAGAAAAUUUCGAAAUGGUUGAAUUUACUAAUGAAUUAAGAACUUCAGAGAUCAGAUCUCCGAAUCUUGAAUUCAGUAAUCACUUUACGAUAGUUCACGCGGGGCCUCCAGAUGAUGUAGUUCUGAGGAGACCGCACGCGGUUGAUGAUUGUGAUGAUAAUGAAAACGCUGUAGCAUCGCCGACACCUUUAAGACAUAUGGCCGGAAUAAGAUUACCUUCGAUACCUGAACGGGCGUCGAGACAGAUGGCUUUGACGGGAGAUUUUCCGGCCAAUAUGAUUGGCGGAAUUAUUGAAUGUGAAGAACCUUUGCCUCCUGGCUGGGAGGCCCGGAUGGACAGUCACGGACGCGUGUUCUACAUCGACCACAUAAACAGGACGACGACGUGGCAGCGGCCCGCGGCCAAUGGGAGCUCUCCGAGAACGCCCGCACCCGAAGUCCAAAGACGACAAUUAGAUAGAAGAUACCAAUCAAUUCGCCGUACAAUGACUCGCACGCAGCUAGGAGAAGAGGAGAGAGGAGCAAGCUCGUCUCCUCCCCCCGCGGCGAGCACUUCCCGCCCGCUUGAGGGCCAACCGCCCCCCGCGCCGCACCCCGCCGCCGAGUUCCUAGCCCGGCCCGACUUCUACUCCAUACUGCAUAUGAACUUGGAAGCGUCAUCCCUAUACAACUGUAACUCGACCCUGAAGCACAUGAUAUCCAAGAUACGGCGAGACACUUCGUCCUUCGAUCGUUACCAACACAACAGAGACCUGGUAGCCCUUGUCAACAUGUUCAGCGAGACUGAGAGAGAACUGCCCUUGGGAUGGGAUUCCAAGCUGGACAGAAAUGGAAAGCGUUUCUUCGUGGACCACGUGAUGCGGCGCACGACGUUCAUCGACCCGCGGCUGCCGCGCGCCCCGCAGGCCGGCCCCUUCUCGCCCCUGCUACCGCAACGCAGGCGGCCCGUCUUGCCCGACCAGGUUCACGAUAUACGAGCGCCGACGCCGCCGCCGCGGCCGCCCGUGCCCACAACGGAGUCCUACUCGCAUCACACGCAACACGACAUACCCGUUGCUUAUAACGAUAAGGUGGUGGCUUUCCUCCGACAACCGAACAUCCUUUCAAUACUCAAAGAGCGCUGCGGCGGCUGCGGCGCCUCGCUACGGGAUAAAGUCAACGCUGUGCGAGUGGAGGGCGCGCCUGCGCUUGCGCGGUACCAGAACGACGUGCAACUUACCUGUCUGCUGAGCCUGUUCGAGCAGGAGAUCAUGAGCUAUGUGCCGGCGACGGGAUGCGCAACUGCUGAACCCUCGCCCGUGGCGUCACCCGCCGCAACCAGGAGUACCAGGGCUCCAGCGCCACAGAGAAGAGAUUUUGAAGCCAAAUUGAGAGCGUUCUACCGGAAGCUCGAGAGCAAGGGUUAUGGACAAGGGCCGGGAAAACUAAAAUUACACAUACGCCGAGACCAUCUGCUAGAAGACGCGUUCAGGCGAAUAAUGUCGUGCAGUAAAAAGGAGCUUCAGAAGGGCAAGCUCUGCGUGCUGUGGGACGGCGAGGAGGGCUUGGACUACGGCGGGCCCAGCAGAGAAUUCUUCUUCCUUCUGUCGCGGGAGCUGUUCAACCCCUACUAUGGACUGUUCGAAUAUUCCGCAAACGACACGUAUACGGUUCAUGUGUCGCCGAUGUCUGCGUUCGUUGACAACCAUCACGAGUGGUUCAGGUUUUCGGGGCGCGUGCUAGGGCUGGCGCUCGUUCACGGCUACCUAUUGGAGGCGUGGUUCACGCGCGCGCUGUACCGCGCCCUGUUGCGUCUGCCGCCCGCCUUGGAAGAUGUUGACGCGUUGGACGCACAGUUCGCCGCGUCACUACGGUGGCUUCAGUCGGCGCGCUGCGUGUCGUCGCUGGAGCUGACGUUCGCGGUGUCGGAGCGGCUCGCGGACGGCCGCGUGCUGGAGCGCGAGCUGAAGACGGGCGGCCGCGACGUGCCCGUCACCGAGCGCAACAAGAAGGAGUACCUCGAGAAGCUCGUGCGCUGGCGCGUGGAGCGCGGCGUGGCGGAGCAGAGCGAGUGGCUCGUGCGAGGCUUCCACGAGGUGGUUGACCCGAGACUGGUGGGAGCAUUCGACGCUCGCGAGCUGGAGCUCGUGAUAGCGGGCGCGCCGGAACUAGACGUGGCGGACUGGCGGAACAACACCGAGUACAGGGGAGGUUACCAUGACGCGCACCCCGUUAUACUGUGCUUCUGGCAGGCUAUCGACAGAUUCACGAAUGAACAGCGCCUCCGUCUAGUCCAGUUCGUCACAGGCACUUCCUCAAUUCCUUACGAGGGCUUCUCAGCACUGCGAGGCUCGACGGGUCCGCGCCGCUUCUGCAUAGAGCGCUGGGGAAGAAUCGAGUCACUGCCUCGAGCCCACACCUGCUUCAACAGGCUCGACCUGCCGCCCUACCCUACGCUCCAGCUUCUACAUGAAAAACUGCUGCUAGCCGUCGAAGAAACGAAUACCUUCGGAAUUGAGUAAAUCCCAGACUAGCUUAUUAAGCGUGGACAGUGAAUUUCUUGAAAAGAUAUUUUCUCGUUUUGUUGCUUUUGAAUCUAGUCUGUGGUUAAAACUUAGUCUGAGAUCGAUAUAGAAUACUAAGACUUUACUUAGCUUGAGAUCUAUAGAACCUACUUUGAUUUUGCUCCAGAUAAAGUUAAUAUGUACAUUGUACAUGUAUCUUUUAUAAAUCUGUCUCGUUUUAACUGUCUUAAGUCUGACCAAAGCCAGUGCGCGCUGUAGAGUUCAGCCUUAGUUACAAGACAAAAUUGAUAGACAUAAAUGUCUCGUUUUAUCUAAGGCUGAAAUCUAUAGAUGACACUUUGACUUUGCUCAAACUCAAGACCCAGUUUAGUGAGACAGAUUUAUGUCAGUCACAACUUCCGUCUUGUUUUAGCUCUUUGGACUAAGCAAAGUGAAAGUACUCUCUAUAUAUCCCAAUAUUAGUCUGCACUAAGUCAAAGUCCUAGAUCUCAGCCUUAAAACCCUUACCAAAAGAUAAACUAGCUGCUUAUAAAACAAUGAGUUUGAUAUACUAAGGUUGAUUGUAAACACAUUAGCGCUGUAAAUUAUGAGUAUUAUGACUCUCAUGUAAAUAAUAGUCAAUUGAUUGUAUAGUUGAGGACAAACAAAGAUAGUGUUAUAUCUAUUUGCUGUAUGUAUGUAAUGUAGGUGUGCCAGAACGUUUACAAUAAAGCUAGCCACGUAUCUAUUGGAGGUUUGUACUUUAUAAACACUUUUAUUGUAAGUGAAGUAUAUUGUGGCUGUGAAUCGGGGCUCAAGUCCCAAGUUUAGUUAUUACGCUUUUAUGUCACUAAUUUAUAAUAGUUAUAUUAAGAAUCCUACAAGUUUUGAGAAUUGUAUAAGUUGGCGUUUUGUUACUCUGUCGAUCAGUAUUUUGUUUCUUUAAAUUAUUUCGAUUUAAACACAUAUAAGUGAUUACCUCUUAACACUCUUUAUUGGCUAUAACAGAGAAGCUAUUAAAAUUUACGAACAUCACUUCCUAGUCAGCUAAUAUAAAUAUAUGCUUAUAAUAAACAUAACUGCAACAGAAAUCAUAAUAUUGCUUGUUCAUCCCUGUAGUUACACUUACCUAUUUAUGUAAUUAAUAUAAUAAUUGACAUGUGGAUGUUGUGAUUUGUUUUGCUAAUCUUAUAUUGAUGUUCCUCUGUUAAUUUAUUGUAAAAUUAACUAUUCAAACAAUCUGGAGAAAUUUCAUGCUCAAAAUUUCUGUAAAACCAAUGGAAAUGGUCACAUAUUGAAUGCAAGUGUAUGUAAAUACAUUAUUUAUUGUUUAUGUAAAUCACACUCAAGUGUAAGUUCAUUUUAUUUUUGUAAGUAAUAUAGCUCUAUUAUGUUGGGUAUUUAACUAUUGAAUAUUGUUUUAUUAUGAGUAAAUUCUAAGUAACUUGUUUUGUGUGAAAGUGAUCAAAUGUGUCAAUAUACAAUAUUACUUACAUAAAACUGUGGUUUUAUUUUUCUUCCAUUAGUCAUAAUUUAAUCUGGACGUUGAUAUAAUAAACAUAAGUAAAUCAAGUCAAUAAUAUAAGCAUCACAUCAGAUACUUAUCAUUAUUGAAACUCCUACUAACUAGAUUUUAAUGACAAAGGAAAUAUGAUAACUUACAGGCAGAAAUAACUGCAUCAAACCAGAACGGACUUGCUGCAAGGGGGAGGAAGUCAUUUGUGACCAUAAGAUGUUCUUGUUAGAGGAAGUGAAAUUUGCAACUGAAUAAUAAAAUAAUAACAAUAAAGCAAGAAUGCACACAUACAAAAUGUUUAUUUUUCAAGAAGUUUGUGUAACAACAAAAAUCAACCUUGUUAUUAAAGACCUUAUCUUUUAAACAUUUAUAAAACUAUUUACAGUGUAAAGUCUGCAUCUGUCAACACAAACUGUGAUACAAAAUGCAACAGGUUAAUUCACAAUACUCUAAGCUAAGUUGUGACAGAGUUAAUUUAUUAUGUGGCACAGUCCACAACUUUAAAAACUUAUCGGAUAUUAGAACUCAUCAAAAUAAAUGUAAGCCGAUGUGAUUAUAAUAGAAGCUACUGUUAAGAUAGAUUCAUAUACGCAUGACUGUUGCUACGUGUAUGCAAAGUAAACCCAGAGUCCUUCCCCUCCCUUACACCGAGCCGCACUCUGAUCUCGCCUUCGUCACAUCCCUGAUAAAAAUUUAAAGAACUGCACUUCACCAGCAGGAUUUAGACACCAACAUGGAGACAACGACUCAACCGAAUGCAAUAUAAUACACAUCUCUGUAAAUAUUUUGUA